CCGAGAGAGAGUGGAAGGAUCCAGCGCACAGCUGGGAGCGGCGGAGGGGCGGCACCGGGACAGGGGGACAAGGGGACAGCGCGACAACGGCACACCGGGACAGCAGGGCUCGCAGCCGGGACAGCGGGGCAGGGACGGCGGGGUGCGGCCGGGCGGCGUGAGCAGGGACGCCGCGGCGACAGGCCAAAGCAAUCGAGGCCGGAGCAUGUGGCGGCGCCUGGUGCACCUGGACCUGAAGGGCGCCGCGCCGCGCGCGCAGUACCUGGAGCAGGUGCUGCCGCUGCUCCGUGCCCUGGGUGCCACCGGGCUGCUGCUGGAAUAUGAGGACACCUUCCCGUACACGGGGCCGCUGGAGGUGCUGCAGGCCCCCCACGCCUACAGCCCCCAGGAGCUCCAGGCGCUGCUGAGCUGGGCACGGGCACAGGGCCUGGACGUGGUGCCACUGGUGCAGAGCUUUGGGCACAUGGAGUUUGUGCUGAAGCACAGGCAGUUUGCCCACCUGCGGGAGGUGAAGGAGCUGCCCAACGCCCUGAACCCGCACAAGGAGGAGUCGCUGGCGCUGGUCAAAGCCAUGAUUGACCAGGUCAUGGCCCUGCACCAGGACCUGCAGUGGUUCCACAUCGGAUGUGAUGAGGUCUACUACCUUGGUGAAGGAGAGGAGUCGAAGCAGUGGCUGCAGCAGCAGAACAACACCCCACAGAAGCUGUGCCUGUCCCACAUCAAAGCAGUUGCCACUUGUUUGGCCUGGUCCUACCCCAUGGUGACACCCAUCGUGUGGGAUGACAUGCUCAGGGGCAUAAGUGAGGAAACACUGGCAGAGUCCGGGGUCCCACAGCUGGUGCAGCCCAUGAUCUGGGACUAUGCAACAGACAUCAACGUGGAGGGCAAAGUGCAGCUCAUCGAGAAGUACCGCAGGUGUGGCUUCUCCAAGGUGUGGUUUGCAAGUGCCUUCAAGGGAGCCACGGGAGCAAACCAGUCCCUGACCCUGAUUGGGCACCACCUGAGGAACCAGCUGGAGUGGCUGCAGGUGGCCCAGAGGAGCCCUGCUGAUGUCCUGGAAGGGAUUGCACUGACUGGCUGGCAGAGGUAUGAUCACUUUGCUGUUCUGUGUGAGCUUCUCCCUGUGGCCAUUCCAUCCCUGGCUGUGUGUCUGCAGGCACUAAAGAAUGGUGGCUUCUCUGAAAAGGUUAAAGAAAAUGUGGAAAACAUCCUGGGAAUGCCUAACCUGGAAAUUGAAACUUUCAUGAGCCCAGGUCUGGGGACCUUUCCUGGGAGCAGUGUCCUCACCCUUGUGACACAAAUCAGUUUCCACCUCAAGUCAUCAGUGGAUGAACUUCUCGAAAGGAACAGAUAUUCCACAGGCUGGUUCAGCCCCUACCACAGGAAAAGGAAGAUUAUUCAUCCCAUCAUAGUGCACCACCUCCAGCCAGAUGCAGUCAGGCUCUUCUCCAAGUGGAGUGCUGUGGUGCAAGACCUGCAAGCAGCCAUGGAGCAAGUUUUCCCCAGGUGUGCUAUAGAGGAAUGGAUGGAGGAGAAUGUCCACCCCCACCUACAGAAGCUGCAGGAAGUGGUGGAGGAUUUAGAUGAAGCAAUAAGAGCACAAAAUUAGAGACAUUUCAAUUAGUCUGACUCAUUCCCUGGGAAAACAUGGCUAGUGAAAAUCAGCACCUAGCCUUGAGCUGGAGUUUGUCAUCUUGAGAGUGUGGUUAAACAAAAGUGACCUGAAGGCAUGAAGGAAUUUAUUAGCAUAAAACACUUCAGCUCAAUUUUCUUGUCUUAACACGUGCUGAGCCUUAACUCACCUGUCAGUCAGGUUUGCUGCCCUGUGAGUCACAGCAGGAAAAAACCCAGGUCCUUCCAAAUUCAGCAUUUGAAACAACAGACUCUUACAUAACAAUGACCUGGGAGAGUUCUACUCUAAUAUUUAGGAUAUUUUAAAAAUGCUUGGGUCAUUUUGUUCUGUACCAAAAGUGCUUCACACGCCAGCUGUGCUCUGAGUUGUGUCCCACCAUUCAUUCAUUCUCUCAGAGGAAUCAGGAGCUGCUGAGGCAGGGACACCUGGGCUUGGAGGGAAAAUGCCUUAGCACACAUUGGGCUGCUUCACUUUCUGCCACAGCACCCAAGCUCAGCCCCAUCCCCACAGAAAAGACCUGCUGGGCUCAGUAAAACCCCAAACUGCAACCUGCACUUCCCAGCUUUGUCCCAGUUUGAGCCAUGACUAAAGCUACUAAAUCUAAGGAAAAAAUGCUGGUUUAUUCUGCUUUAAUGUCAAACUUGUCACAAUGUAUAGAGAUAUAUUUUGGGGACUUUUGGUGAUUAUCCUAAUUCUCUCUUGUUAAGUAUGUUACUUCACCCUGUAUAUUCAAAAUAUUUAUUUCUGUGCUUCAUUUAUACCUUUCUUUAAAUUUUUUUGGGAGCACUGGUAUUGAAAUUUUCUUGGAACAAAUUUUAACAUACAAAAAGUAAAACUACAGCAUAAGACAAGGUUCAGGUGACUCAAUGAGAGCCUCAGGAACCAGGCCCACAUGCAAAUCUUUAUUUAAAAAAAACUAAUUGCUGUGUAUACCUGUCACAAAGCUUGAACCAAACAAGAUCUUAAUUUAUUUUACUUGAAUAAAACCUUUGAUACUCAAA